UACCUUGGUUUAAGAAUUUGAUUGCAUAUAUAAAGCAUGCGUGGCUGUGGUAAAGGAUAGAGAAGAAAACAUCAUAAUCAAAGUCAAAGAGUGUGCAUGAAUAGUUCAAUUUUUCAUGGUUUUGUUUUGAUUGGAAAAAAACAUUAUGGAUUAACAAUUUCAGUUUUGGAUAUGAAGAUGGGAGGAUCUUAUGAUGCAUCAUCAUGCAAUGGAGGAGAAGCAAGAAAUAAAAGUCUUCAAAUAAUUGAAUAUUCACCAUAUGAUCCAUCAUGCAUCAAAUUAUCAUUUUCAUUACCUUGGUUUGAUGUAAGAGUUUUUUAUGUAAGAGUUAGUGGAAUUCAAGUGAAUGAAUCCACACCACAAUUUCUAUAUCUUCAUCAUAUACCUUUAAGUCUUGAUACACUCUUAGAGGUAAAUGGUGUUAGAAGUAGCAUGAACAGUGAUGAAGAUUCUUCAAUUCUACGAAGGGAUAGAAUUGAUAAGAAAUCUGAACAAGUCACUUUUGUGAAUACAGAUAGUAUAAGAUUAAAUGGUAGCAUGAAGUUUGAGGUUUGUGAUAAAGAUCAAUGCAUUCUCUCCUGUGUUCUUGAGAUGAAAAAUCAUGAUAAUGAUAAGAGAUAUUGGAGUAUGAAUUGUGAAACAGAAAUGGCAUCUAAUAGUGGUUUUUUCAAAGGAAAACAUGUUUCUGUUCCUGAAAUUGAGGUUUAUGUUGCUGGUUGUUUCUCAGGAAAACCUAUAAUCUUAACUAGAACACUGCAGAUCAAUUGCAGGAAGAAGCAUAAUAGGAAAAUGUGCAUGUUGGAUGUGAUUCCAGAAUAUGAAACAUCUGAAAUUAAGAAAGAUGUCUGUGAUCAUGAUCAUGGACUUGAUUCACAGGUAACUGAGUACAGAAGCUUCAAACCAGAACAAGAAGAGCAUUACAACAACAUGUAUUGCCAAAGGGAAGGAUAUAUAGAUAUGGAAGAUGGUGAGCUAUCAUGGUUCAAUGCUGGAGUAAGAGUUGGUGUUGGAAUUGGACUUGGCAUCUUUGUAGGAGUUGGUAUAGGGGUCAGCCUCUUGGCACGUUCAUACCAAACAACUACUCGUAGUUUCAAGAGGAGGUUCAUAUAAUAUAACUCCUUCUGUAAGCUGAAAUUUAUUUGCUUGAUAGCUCAAAGUCAAUUACUUAUCUACCACUAGGUAGUGCGCAUUAUGUGUGAGUGUUGUAAAUCUCGAGAUACCGAGUUUGAUUCCUAGAUAUAAAAAAGGGCAACUACUUAGAAGUUCCCUUGUUUAGCACACAAUCUUUCAUUUUCUGUGCCCUUCAAAGGCUUUUAAAGAAAUGUUCUUGUUUUGUUUUGAAGGACAGUGGAAAAGUUUAAUUGUUGUCAUUGGAAUCAUAAAACACUUUGUAUGAAUGUGGUUCUAUUGCUAGGUUGUAAGUAGCAACCAAUGAAGAUUGACACAAAAUUCACACUAGUUUUAAUUUGAAUUCAAAUCCAAAUUUUCUCUUUAGUAGUCAAUAUGUAAAUUUCAUAGUAAAUUCUUGUUGGAAUUGAUGAUUCUUUCAUGAGAGUAAA